UUGUCUGGUUUCUAUGACAACGGCUCCGGCUCUAAGUUUUCGGCGGCCGGAGACAAGAUGAAGCUGAAGCGAUUCUUGCUGCGAUAUUACCCGCCGGGCAUUAUUUUGGAAUAUAUUCAAAGAGGGGAACUGAAAACCAAAUCCAUAGAUUUACUAGAUCUCAAUACUGCAACUGAUGUAGAAGCCUUAGUAGAAGAUAUUAGAAAAGCAGAGCCUCUCAUCACACAGUCACGGAAAGAUCAGGUUGUACAUUUAAUUCUACGAUUACAAGAGAAGCUAGGACAACAAGUGGACCACAAGUUCUAUCUUUUUAAGGUACUUCGAGCACAUAUAUUGCCACUCACCAACGUUGCCUUUAACAAAUCGGGUUCUUGCUUUAUCACUGGAAGUUAUGACCGAACAUGCAAACUAUGGGAUACAGCAACAGGAGAAGAGUUACGUUCUCUGGAAGGCCACAGAAAUGUGGUGUAUGCAAUUGCUUUCAAUAAUCCUUAUGGUGACAAGAUUGCUACUGGAUCAUUUGAUAAGACCUGCAAAUUAUGGAGUGUAGACACAGGAAAAUGCUAUUAUACUUUUAGAGGACAUACUGCAGAAAUUGUUUGCUUGUCAUUUAAUCUUCAAAGCACACUAGUUGCAACUGGAAGCAUGGAUACUACGGCUAGACUAUGGGACAUACAGAAUGGAGAAGAAGUAGUCAGAUUAACAGGACAUUCUGCAGAGAUAAUUGCGUUAUCGUUUAACACCACAGGAGACAAAAUCAUCACAGGUUCUUUUGACCAUACAGUUGCAGUAUGGGAUGUUAGCACGGGCAGGAGAAUGCAUACUUUAAUAGGCCAUCGUGCAGAAAUAAGCAGCACACAAUUCAACUGGGACUGUACUCUGAUCAUCACUGGAUCUAUGGACAAAACAUGCAUGCUUUGGAAUGCUUUGACAGGCAAGCGGGUGGCAACCUUAACAGGCCAUGAUGAUGAAGUUUUAGAUGUUUGUUUUGAUUAUACUGGCCAGCGUAUUGCAAGUGCCUCAGCUGAUGGAUCAGCGAGAGUAUAUGAUGCAGAAACAAAAAAAUGUGUUGCAAAACUUGAAGGCCAUACAGGAGAAAUUUCAAAGAUCUGUUUCAAUCCUCAAGGAAGUUGUAUUCUUACAGCCAGUUCAGAUAAGACAGCUCGCCUUUGGGAGCCCAAGACGGGACAAUGCAUUCAAAUAUUGGAAGGCCACAUUGAUGAGAUAUUUUCCUGUGCUUUCAAUUACAAAGGGAAUAUAAUUAUUACAGGAAGCAAAGAUAAUACAUGUAGGAUAUGGCGCUAAUUGAGACAAAGACUGACACACUUCUCUAGGAAUUUUAAUUCAGUGUUUUUAUAUAGACAAUAACCUUUAAAAAUAUGGCUUUUGUAUCUGUCUUUUUUAUUCUUUAUGAAGCAGAAAUGUUUUCUGGAUUUAUUGUAAUAAUUAACUUGGCUAGUUAUGUAAAUGUGUUAUUGAGAAAAUUAUAAGAAAUGCCUUUUUUCUCUAAAGAUCAAUAGGCUAGUUGGAGUGAGGAAGCUUCAUCAUACUAUUAGUUGUUAUUCUUGCAUUUAUUUAGAUACUUUAUCCUUACAAGGUUUAAUUUUUAUUUAAUAAAACAUUUCAAUAUGUAUAAUGUAAAUAACAUUGUAGUAUUGAUUGGAAUGUUCUAUUCGUAUUUUAUAUUUUGACUUAAUUUUGAAUUUAUAUUGUAUAAUUCUAUUUCUCGAUUUUUUAAAAAAGUAUAGUUUAUAUUUAUGGUUUGUCCCAUCCUGAAAGAUUUAAGCUGAAAUGAAAAUGAUUACAUUGAUUUUGGCAUUCAAUUGUGAGAGUCAUAGUAGUGUUGAAACAGCAUAACCCACGUGCCUUCUCUUUUAAUGUGAACUGCCUUUCUUCUCAAGAACUUGAUGUUGGUUUUACAGAGCCUUCUAAUCUGAUCUGCUGCUAAUUUGGGCUUCUAAACAAGCAGGCUGUCCAGGAAAAUGCCUGCCCCAAAGUUCAUGCAAUGUUGUUUAUGUUGGCUCUUGUAUAAUUCUUGUAUAAACCAGAAUUUGUUGAUAUUAUUAUUUAUGAUCCAUCAUUCAUUAGAAAUGAUUUUCUACAUUUCUGUUUUGAAUAGUGUUAAAGAACUGUUGCUGUCAGCAAAGCAUCAUUGUGUUCCAAAAUAUCCAGAUGCUGGCAUAAAGCUUAGUUGUUAAAUGUGUGUGAAUCUUUAGAUUUUGUUAUAUGGCUCUGAAAAUAUCAAGUUGCUGGCUUAUCUGAACUUUCUUCUACACUAUGUAUAGUUUCCUUUCAAUGAAGAAAGCUAAAAAAGUCAGGUGAAAUCUCUAAUACAGCAAAGGACCACUAUUUUUAAUAAGGUAUUAUUACCUUAUAAAACAUAGCACCUUUCCAGAUGUGGAAGGUGAAACCUCAUUUGUUUCUGUAGUACAUACAUUCAGAAAGUUUAUAGAAACAAAAAUUAAAUGAAACUAUUAAACUGCUACUAAAAUGUAUCUAUUUGCAAGCAAAAAUUCCACAUAUCAGAAGUGAGGGAAAUAUUGUUUGCAUAGAUAUAGGCUCAGAAUAUAGGAUUAUAUGAAUUUAAUUUUACAUCUUAUAUUAGGGCUAAGUAUCAAUUAUUUAAUAGGCUUUUAGGUUUACUGGUAGUCUGAGCUUGCUGAUAAUGAUUUGUACAGGACUUAUAUCCCCCACUAAAUAGUUGUACAACAAUGUUUUAUUUCAUCUGUAUCACAUGCAAGGGAUAUUCAGAAUCAGAUUUAGGAAAGAUAAAGGCAGAUUGUUAACACAAAUUUAUUUCAAGUCAGGCUUCAGUACUAAAACGUAAUAUACACAGAGAAAUGUCAUCACAUUGUUACAUUGUUAUAUUAUUUGUGCUUGUAAACAUUUAUUCUACCACUGCAAAAUCUGUGUAAUUCACAACUAAUUUGGUCAAAAAUAAAUAUAUUUCAACAAUA